AUGUCCAAAUCCAUCUCCUUCGACGUCCUAGGGACCUGCUUCGCUUUCGACGCAGCCAUCGCCGCUCUAACGGACCGCCUCGGCCCUCGCCUCAAAGCAAUCAACGUCGACCCCAAAACCCUCUUCUUCUCCUGGUUCUACGCCGCCCAGCGCGACUUCACCUACCUCUCCCUCGUCGGCUCCUACACGCCCAUCGCGCAGGUGCUCAAACACACGCUCCGGCGCGCCUGCUUGAUCGUCGAUUUACCCGCUGACCAGGCGCCGACGGACGAGGACGUCGCAGCUGUGAUGCAGGCGGUGACGGCUUUGGAGGCGCGGGAGGGGUUGAAGGCGUGUUUUGAUGGGCUGAAAGGGGGGGGGUGGGAGGUGCUCGCCGUGACUAAUGGGGGGAUGGAGACGAGUUUGGAUUACUAUCGCAAGGCGGGCGUGGAGUUGGAUGCGCAGCACCUCCUCUCCUGCGACGAUAUGAAGGUGGCGAAACCGGACGUGCGGGUGUAUGAGAACGCGAACAGGCAUUUGGACGCUCUCGGUGCUGGGAAGGGGGGAGGGGAGCGGUGGUUCGUGGCGGCGCACGCGUGGGACCUGAUCGCGGCGAGGAAGGCGGGUUUCAAGACGGCGUGGUUGGGUUUUGAGGAGGGGGAUCCGGCGACGGAGGUGUUUGGGGAGUUUGAUGUUUAUGCGGGGAGUAUGGGGGGGUUGUUGGAGAAGAUGAGGAAGCUUUGA